AUGCUUUUAAAAAUAAUCCUUAUAAAUAUAAUUUUAUCACUAAUAGCAAUAUACAUAUUCAUAUAUUCAUUAAAACCUUAAGCAAUAUCAUAAAAAAUUCUUGAAAAUACAAGCAUAUCUUAAUAUUUUCCUAAAAGAAUACUCCAAGAAGAAGCUCCAAUAUAUAAUCAAUACAUAUACACAGGAACUUGGUAAUCAUAAUCAAUCAAAAAAGAUAUCCUAUAAUUCAACUAUUUAGACUAAAACAAAGGAAAUUCAUAUUUUUUUAUUGAAUAUGAAAAUAAUAUAGCAUAAAAUAUAUACAUGUAUUAUUAUAAUCCUUAAUAUACAGACGAAAAAUUUGUUUUUGCAAUUGUUAAUUUAUCUUAAUGUUAACUUUUACUAGAUAGAUGGAUAUGUGUAAAAAAUUAUGUUAAAUGGAAAAAGUAUGAUAAAAAAUAUUAUAAAGGAUCAGGUUAUGUAUAAAAUGCAACUAUAAUAAUAAGAAUACAAAAUUCCGAUAUUCCUUAACAAACAACUUUUCUUAUAUCAUUAGAAUAUUAAAAUUAAAUAAAUUUAAAAGGAUAAUAUUAAGCUUAAACUUCUUCUUCUGCUAUGUAAGUUGCACUCUAUAAUGUUUAUAUGUCUUUCAUAGGACUAUUAUAAUUAUUUUGUGUCUGGAAAUUUGCAGAAUAUUUGUAAAGAAAUGAAAUAAGAUCGACUAAAUUGUCAUUAAUUACUAUAGGAUUUGUAAGUGCAAAUGAUUGCUAUUUAGCACUUUGCCAUAUUUAUUUAUCUAUUUAAAAUACAUUUUUUCUACAAUAUUUUAUUAUUACGGCGAUAAUUUAUUUUGUUUUGGCUUCUAUUUAUGAUAUGAAAUUGCUUAUAAUUAUUUGGAAAAAUAGAUAUUAUGUUAAUUAUAAUACACCAUAAGAAAUAAGAAAAGGAUUUAUACUAUUCUAUGCUAAAUUUUAUUUAAGCUUGAUUGUAAUUAUACUGUUAAAUUAUUAUUUCUAUUUAUUUGAUAUUUAUCUUUAUUUUUUGCCUCUUUUUAUAAUUCCAUAAAUUAUACAUAAUUAUAUGAAAGGAAAUCAGGUCGAAUAUAAUUUCUAUUAUAUUUUUGGAAUUCUUUUCUUAAGAGUUAUUGAACCUAUUUACAUAAGAGGAUGUCCAGAAAAUAUAUUUGGAUAUGCACCACAUUAUUAAUUUUGUAUUAUUUGGACUUCUUUAUUUAUUAUUUAAAUAUUUUUCAUAUACUUAUAAUAUAAACUUGGACCGAGAUUUUUUAUACCAAGAAGAUUUAGAGUUUAAUAUAAUUAUUUUCAUACAGUUAAUUUUGAAGACAGAUGA